AAUCUAGUAUAAACAUCUGUGGCCUAUACUGAUCGUAAAUAAGAUCUAUUUAAAACUACAAACGCCGGUAUUAACCACGCGGAGUGGUGCGUGGAGCAAAGCAAGGAAAAGGUUAACGAUGUAACAAUAAUACUGCACUAAAACUUAUGAUUAUUAUUAUAUUUUUAGACAAUUAAAAUUAAAAUUGUACGGAGUUAUCUUUAAUAAAGUUCUCUCUAAAGUACAUAGAAAAAAUUGAUGGGUACAAUGUAAUUUUAUUUAUUAUUAGAACCAACGUUGUCAGUGAAAAUGGUUGUAAUAUUAAAUGGUAAUUAAAAUAACAUUUAAUAUUAUAAUGCUUGUAAAGUUUUAAGUAUUUUCCGAAAAUAAAAUGUUUUCGAAGUUCCUGAUACGUCCGUUAUGUAUGGGAAAAUGUAUUAAAUUUCGGAUACUUUAUCGUUACUUUUAUAAAAUUAACGAUAAUAUGAAAAGUGACUUAGUACCUGGAGUUCCCAUAUCUCAGGUACAAGAAAUUCUAAGGCAGAGACACAUCACUGGUAUUGAAGGACAUGCAUGUAUUGCAAUAAACUGUCCUAUAUGUGAUACAGAAAAAUCUAAAAAGGCAAAGAUUUAUAUAAAUAAAACAACAGGAUAUUUUAUCUGUGAUAAAUGUAGUUCCAAAGGUACAUGGGAUUUGUUAGAAAAAUUGUUAUUAACUAAAUCAACCAAAUCAAGUAGUGUACAGAAAGAAUUGGAGACUGUACGAAAUAUUAUAAAAACCCAAGAAGAUUAUACUUCAAAAUGGAAUGACAUAAUCAAGUCCAAUUGUCUUAUUGCAAAUUUAUCACCAUAUUUAUAUGAGGAAAUUCUGUCCAAGUUUUCUCUCCCAAAAAUUUCACAACGAGAUAUCUCACAGUUAAAUGGUGUAUACUCAACCACACAUGCAUUGCUGUAUUUUCCAUUAAUUGCUUUUGGCAGUAACAUCGUAGGUUAUAAGACUCUUUCCAGCGAAUCAGGAUUGGAACAAACCUUACCUACUUCUAAUAUUGGUGGUUGUAUUAUUUACAAGCAAAAAAACACCAGAGAUAAUGGCACUGCAGUAGUUGUGCCAACAAUACAUGAUUUAUUAGCAUUGGCAUCUCAGAAGGCAGCGGGUAGAAUUAUCUGUUUGCCAUACAAUUUACAGAAUUUGCCACAACAAUUGCUACCAAGUUUGGAAGAUUUCAAGAAACUGAUAUUAUGGUUUGGAAAUGACGAGCCUAGUUGGUAUACAGCUAGACAAUUUGCUAAGAAAUUAAAUGAGAAAAGAUGCUCCUUUGUGAGGCCAAUAGGCACGCAACCUAGACCAAAGGUAGCCACAGAUAAGGGCUACAAUCUCAAAGAUAUCUUGACAAAUGCAUUCCCGAUAUGGCAUAAAAGUAUUACUACUUUCGAUGAUCUCAGACAAGACAUAUUGUGUGACUUGCAAAAUAUUGACAAAGUUCAAGGCGUAAAAUGGAAGAGAUAUCCUACCCUAAAUCGAAUUUUAGGAGGUCACAGAAGAGGGGAAGUCACAAUUCUAACUGGUCCGACAGGCGUCAUAUUUUCAGGUAGUGGCAAGACUACAUUUAUGAGCGAGUAUUCGUUAGAUUUGGCAAUGCAAGGAGUUAAUACAUUAUGGGGCAGUUUUGAAAUUAGAAACGCGCGUUUAGCAAAGACUAUGUUGCAACAAAUGGCUGGGGUAUCUCUAGAAGACAAUUUGGAUGAAUUUAACACGUACGCGGAUGCUUUCAGCAAGUUGCCAAUUUAUUUUAUGGCUUUUCACGGUCAACAGAACAUCAACGUUGUUAUGGAUGCAAUUCAACAUGCAACAUACGUGUACGAUAUAGCCCAUGUUAUAAUUGAUAAUAUGCAGUUUAUGAUUGGUGUAUCAGACGAUUCUAAAAUUAAUAGGUAUUGGAAGCAGGACAAGGUUAUAGAGGAAUUUCGAAAUUUCGCUACAAAAUACAAUUGUCAUGUGUCUAUGGUUAUACAUCCAAGGAAAGAAAAAGAUGAUGAACUAACAACUUUAUCCAUAUUUGGUAGUGCAAAAGCAAGUCAAGAAGCUGAUAAUGUAUUAAUUAUACAAGAUAAGAGGGUUACUAAUAUCAGGGGAAAAAAAUAUCUGCAGGUUACAAAAAAUAGAUAUAGCGGAGAUCUAGGAGUAAUGGUAAUGGAUUUUGACAAACAAAAACUCAGUUAUGCAGAAAAGAAAAAAGUGAAAUCAGAAGAAAAGGAAGAAGAGAAAGUUCAUAGUUUGUGAAGAGAAAUAAAGAAUGUGAGAAUCAUCUAUCAAUAAAUAUAUAUUUUUAGUAUAUAUACUGUACAGAUAUAUAAUAUUUGUAAUAAAACUUGAAAUCAGAGAGAAUCAUUAUGAUAUGGUAUACAAGUAUAAAAUAACUGGAUCUAUAACUAAUGUACAUAAAGAAUUUUGUAGCUUUGAGAAAAAAAAAUACCUUUGUACUCUGCAGCAUUUAAAAGAACUUAAUACUCUAUCUUAAGACUCUUAUGGAAAAAAGCUACAAGAAUACAAAAAAACUAC